AACAUGAGAGCCUUGCAGGUGGAUGAGCCACUUACAAGAAUGGAGGCAGUAAGGAGACUCGUUUUUUUGGCCCUUUUAAUUUCAUCAUGUUUGGCAGAAAAAAAUUUGAUGGAGCCUCAAGGCAAAUCCAGCUGUGGAAGCCACCUAGGAGAGAUCCAAAAGGCUCUGAUCCUGAACCUCAAUGCCAAUGAAAACUGCACCUGGACAAUAGAAAGAUCAGAAAACAAAACUAUCAGACUCAUCUUUUCCCACUUUCAACUUGACCCAGGUGCAAAAUGUGAAGUUGAAAACAUUCAAGUUUAUGAUGGUGCCUCCACUGAGAUGCCUCUCCUUGGGAAAAUCUGCAGCAAAGUAGACUACGUUCCAGUAUUUGAAUCAUCAUCUAACAGCCUGACAUUUCAGAUAUCCACCAGCUCUUCAGAAGUUCAAAGAAGUGCCUUUGUUUUCUAUUACUACUUUUCACCAGAAAAGAGAAUUGAUAACUGUGGAGGCUAUCUUGAUGCUUUUGGGGGCUCCUUUACCAGUCCUAAUUACCCAAAGCCUCACCCAGAAUUUGCUUAUUGUGUGUGGCACAUACAAGUGGAUAAGGGCUACAAAAUAAAUCUAAACUUCAAAGAGAUUUUCUUAGAAAUAGAUGACAACUGCAGAUUUGAUUUUGUUGCCGUCUAUGAUGGUCCCUCCACAAACUCUGGCUUACUUGCACAAGUAUGUGGCCGGAUUGCACCCACCUUUCAAUCUUCUUCAAAUACUCUGACGGUAGCGCUCUCUACGGAUUAUGCCAAUUCCUACCGAGGCUUCUCUGCUUCUUAUACUCCAAUUUAUGAAAAAGAAGUCAACACAUCCCUGAGUUGCUCUUCUGACCAAAUGACAGUCAUCAUAAGCAAAUCUUAUCUGGAGUCGCUUCACUACAAUGAGAAUAACUUACAACUGAAUGAUCCACUCUGCAGACCAAGAGUAUCAAAUGUUUUGGAAUUUUCUAUCCCUCUAAAUGAAUGUGGUACAAUUAAACAGGUCAAAGAUCAUACCAUUACUCACACGAACAUCAUCACCAUUACUAACUCUUCCAAUUCUGCAGUGAUCACUCGUCAGAAACAUUUCCAAAUUAUUCUGAAAUGUGAAAUGGAAAACAAUUCCACCGUAGAAAUAAUGUACAUAACAGAAGAUGAUAUAAUUAAAAAUAUAACUGCCUUGGGGAAAUAUAAUAUCAGUAUGGCUUUUUAUGAGUCAGAAUCUUUCAGCAAUCCUUUACUUAGUUCACCAUACUAUGUGGAUUUGAACCAAACACUCUUUGUUCAAGUCAGUCUUCAUGUGCUAGAUCCAAAUCUAGUGGUGUUCCUCGAUACCUGUACAGCAUCUCCAACAUCUGACUUGGCCCCACCAACGUAUGACCUAAUCAACAGUGGAUGUAGUAAAGAUGACACUUGUAAGAUCUAUCCCCUAUCUGGGCACUAUGGAAGAUUUCAAUUCAGUGCUUUUAAGUUCUUGAGAAGGCUUGGAUCUGUUUAUCUCCAAUGUAAAGUUUUGAUUUGUGAAAGCAAUGACACACAAUCUCGAUGUAAUCAAGGUUGUGUCUCCAGAAGAAGACGAGAUAUUUCUUCAUAUAAAUGGAAAACAGAAUCAAUCAUUGGUCCUAUUCGUCUGAAAACACAUCAUACUGCAAGCAGCAAUUCAGAAUUUCAGAAUCAAGUCCAUGCAGAAGAAAGUCAGCAAGCACAGCCUUUCAGCAGUUUACAGAUCCUUUCCUUUAUGGUUCUGGCUCUAAAUGUGGUGAUUGUGGCAGCAAUGCUAGUGAGACAUUUCAGAAAUCAUGGAACAGAAUGCAAAUACCAGAAGCUACAGAACUACUAACAGAAGUACCCAGACCUAAGUGAAAAAUAUUUUCCCAAAACAUCUAAUAAAAUUUUGUUUUUCAACUGGA